AUGUCUCUCUUCAAGGCUGUCGCCGUGCUUGGUGCCAUCUCCGGCGCAAUGGCCCAGGCCCAAGGUCAAAUCCCCUGCACCGAUGCAUUUCGUUCCAAAGAAUUGAACGGCGUCGCGCCGGCAUUCAGCGAUCAGACUCCUGGCGCGACUGCGGCCUUUCUCCAGCAGCUUCCGUUGGCGCCGGAUGCCACAUUGACAUUGUACAUCAACGGAGCGCCUGGAAUAGAGGUCGCUCCGGACGCUGCUCUCGUUCGCGAUUUCGCCCUCGGUGUCCGACAGGUCUUCUAUUAUGUCUACCCAACGUCCGACCCACCGACAACCAACUACGCGAACGGCACGAGCCACACCGAGCUCGAGAUUGAAUUGGGCGCCCUGCACGACAUUGCCUUACCCGUCGAUAUCCAUGCCGGGAUGAAUUUCAACUACGAUACGAGCAACUGCCUGAUCAACAGCCUGCAAGGCUUCCUCACCAUUCCGAGCGAGGUCGACGGCCAGCCAGUGAGUGUCGCCCAGAUCACCGACGAUCUCUUGGCCGCAGGUUACGCAGGCAGCUUGUCGUGA